CCGUCCUUCACCUUCGUUCUUUAUUCGAGAAAAUCUCAAAAACCCUAACCCUAAUUCGUUCCAUUUCUCCCUCAAACCCUAGAAAUCAUCCUCUAAUGGCUUCUCAGCAUCCAAAAUCUUUGGUUUAGUGGGUUGGGUUUCUUGUGAAUUUGGUGUUUUUUUGUUUUUUUGUUUUUAUUUUUUUAUUUUCGGAAGAGAUUGUCUCGAUUUUUGCCUUGGCCGAUUGGGAUGAUCUACACUGCGAUCGAUACGUUUUACCUCACGGAUGAGCAGUUGAAGAACUCGCCGUCGCGGAAGGAUGGCAUUGAUGAGGCCACGGAGACCACGCUGAGGAUCUAUGGGUGUGAUCUCAUCCAGGAGAGCGGAAUUCUUCUCAGAUUGCCUCAAGCUGUGAUGGCAACUGGGCAGGUACUCUUUCAUCGAUUUUAUUGCAAGAAAUCGUUUGCCCGUUUCAGUGUUAAGAGGGUUGCCGCAAGCUGUGUGUGGUUGGCUUCGAAGUUGGAAGAGAGUCCUAGGAAGGCAAAGCAAGUUAUCAUCGUGUUCCAUAGGAUGGAGAUCCGCAGGGAGAAUUUGCCACUUGAAUAUUUAGAUGUCUUCUCUAAGAAGUACUCUGAGUUGAAGAAUGAUCUGAUCAGAACAGAGCGACAUUUGCUUAAGGAGAUGGGUUUCAUCUGCCAUGUUGAACAUCCUCAUAAGUUCAUAUCCAACUACCUUGCAACACUUGGAACCCCGACAGAGUUGAGACAGGAAGCUUGGAACUUAGCCAAUGACAGUUUGCGGACCACUCUCUGUGUUCGAUUCAAGAGUGAAGUGGUAGCAUGUGGCGUGGUAUAUGCAGCAGCUCGUCGGUUCCAGGUACCACUCCCUGAAAAUCCACCAUGGUGGUUAGUCUUUGAUGCAGAUCUCUCUGGCAUGCAAGAGGUUUGCAGAGUCCUCGCGCAUCUCUACAGUCUUCCGAAAGCACAAUAUAUUGCAGUAUACAAAGACAAUGAUUCCUUCACAUCAACUAAUAAAAAUCAAGAUCCCCAAGCUCAAGCAUCUAAGGAAACUGUGUCUAACGGUGGUGGAAAUGAUAAUGGCACUCCGAACUUGGUAGCUGAUAAUCAAGAUGACAGCUCAUCUAAAGAUGUGUUAUUGAAAGCAGCCCUAGACAAGUUGGAGUCGAAGAAAAAUGAUGAUGAUACUACCAAAAGUGUGCCUGCUGAAGACGAUACUAAAGAGGAGCCGGUUGCAAAACCCAAGGGUGAUCAGAAAUCUGAUGCUAACAUGGAAAAGAACCGGGAUAGAGAAAGGGAAAGAUCUAAAGCUAGAGAUCGUGAUGGCAGGGGUAGAGACUCGGAUCGUGACAGCAGAGGUAGAGAUUCUGACAGGGACCGGGAACGAGAGAAGGAUUCUGAGCGGGAUAGAGAAAAGGCCAAAGAGAGGAGUCACCGUGCAAAGGACAAGAGUACAGGGCAUCCGGAGAAAUCCCGGCAUCAUUCAUUGCGAGAACGCAGUGAAUACCACAGCUCACACUCAUACCGUGACAAGGAUCGACACAGACACCACUAUACAUGAAAUAAAAGGCAGUUUUGUCCUUUGUAACGUGUAAACAAGUAAUAUUUGCAUCAUCGAUGAUCGUGGUGAGAUGAUGAAAAAUACCGACCUUUUGUUUAUGUGAUUAUUGUUGAAUACUCAAAUCAACUGUAUCACAUUUAGCUUUUGAUGAUAGUUUUAUUGUUGAAUACCCAAAUUAUCUGUAUCAUGCCUAUCUUUUGAUGAUAGUUUUUUUUUUUUUGAAUACCGAAAUUACCUGUAUCUCUUUUGUGAUAAUGUUCAACUAAGGAAAGCCUGCAUAGAUUUUGUUU